GGUUAGCUAAGGUGCGCUGAAGUCCUGUGUGAGGAAGAAGGCGGACAUGGCGGAAUUUCUGGACGACCCUUCUGUACUGACUAAAGAUAAGCUGAAAAGCGCACUGUUAGCGAACAACGUGGCUUUACCAAACGGAGACCAAAGAAAGGGCGUAUAUGUGGAUCUUUAUCUAAAAAACCUCACCUCUCAGAACAAGAAGAGCGCCAGUGUAGAAACCUUCUCCAGCGAUGAAGAACUAGCGGCCACUACCACUACCACUACCACCACCACCUCCUCCUCCACCAGCAAAAACCGCUCCGCCAGGAAAGUGACCAGAAAAACAGACGGGCAUGGGCUGGAAGAAAUUGAUGUGACUGAACUAAGCAAUGAAGGCCUAAAGGACCUGCUCUUAAAGUAUGGUGUUAAUCCUGGACCCAUUGUAGCAUCCACUCGUAAACUGUAUGAGAAGAAGCUGCAGAGGUUGCUGGACCAGGGUUCUCCUGAGACAGUUGUCCUUGUCACUGAGACUGUUGAAACUCGGAGUGCUGACUCAGACCAGUAUAGUGAUAAAGAGGAAGAUACAGCAGUAGUCCCAGAACUAGAACUUGAGCCUGAGCCAGAACCAGAGCCUGUCCCUGUGGUGGAGUGGCCAAUAAGGAGCAGAGGAAAAACACCAGUAACUACCAGAACACGCAGCACUCAACAUAUGGACUUCUCUAAGCUUUCAGCAUCUGAGAUGCUGGCCCCUUCUAAGGAGAAAAAACUUUUGGCUAUACCCAAAGAGCCAAAGCCUCUUUUGGCAGAUGAGGUCCCAGCAUCCUUUUCUGUAACUGAGAGCAGCUCAUCUAAGUCUCCCAAAUAUCCAAUAGCUACAGUCCGCCCGGCUUUGGAUGAGAUGCCUGAAGCCAUUUCAGUUGACAAGAUUUAUGAGAAAAUCCAUCUCUCUAUGAAGAGUAGGAGUUCCCAACGUACCCCAUCUUCUUUUCAGCAUGUCAAAAAGAUCAGUGGAAGUAGUACCGCUGCUCAUUUCCCUGUAGCACCCAAUGAAGAGCCACAGAGUUUCCUCAAAAGUACUGCUCUGCUUGAGGAAUCUAAAUCCAAGACAUCAUCCAAGCUCAUGAAGCAAUCUGUGCAGCCAUGUUCCACUUCACCACAGCUGUCCAAAGAUCUGAUUCACACGAUGUGCCGCCUCUCACCUUCUCCAUUCAGUCAGGGCAAAGAAUCUCCCAACUCUACCUUUCUGGUGGAUUCUCCCUACCAUCCAAUGCAAGAUCUGCCUGUCACCAAGAGCUUGUCUGAGGAAUGCUCAGGUUCUACUGCAGCUUUAUCAUGGGGAAAACAAACCAAAAUCCAACGAUUUCUUUCUCCGAUUACCCAUGUUCGUGGCCAGGAUGACGCCUUCAUAGAGGAGAGACGAAAUGGACUGGUAAAGCCAUGGGCAGUAGGUGGCACAGUCACAAAAGGUGUAUGGUGAAAUGUCUCAGCACAUGUAAAUUGGGGUUUAAGGUUGUUUCGUAGUAUUUCCACACUGGGCGCAAACUAUCUUUGGUGCAUUAGUAGGGCAAGCUUUAUGUGGAUUUUUUUAAAUACUGGGAUUAAUAAUGAUUGAAUAUCAGUAGCUGCCUAACUCCAUCAUGCAAAUGUUCUCAGCCUAUUGAUUGCUGCACCCCCCACACAUACAUAUUUAGCAUAGCUCUACUUCUGUACCCUAAUAUUUUGCUACUUUAUCUGUUUUAACUGCAGAUUGAGAAGUUAACAGCUGUUGAGCAGACCCCAAAAACACCACAAAAAGAUGUGCUGAAAGAAAUGUUUCUUAAUGAGACCCCCAGCACU